AUGCGGUGGAAGGUGAUGUUGAUGCUGUUUGUCUCCGCUCUCCUGCUGUCCCUGUGGCUCACCAACCUCAACCUCAACCUCAACCUCAACCCCUGGGGCAUCUCCCAGCGCUGGCAGUGGGGCGGCACCGGCACCGGCACCGAGGGGACAGGUACGGGACCGGGGGGGACCGGGGGGGGCCAGGCUGGUGAAAACACCUUCAACCGAGCAAAGCUUCUCAACAUCGGAUUUGUGGAAGCAUCAAAAGAGAAGGAUUACGAUUGUUUCAUAUUUAGUGAUGUCGAUAUUGUACCCGAGAAUGACCGGAAUCUGUAUCGCUGCUCUCAGAAUCCACGACACCUGGCAUGUGCCAUGGACAAAUUCGGAUAUAAGUUGCCAUACACAGGGUAUUUUGGAGGAGUUGUGGCAUUCACAAAAGAGCAGUACUUGAAAAUAAAUGGUUUCUCCAACAAUUACUGGGGUUGGGGGACUGAAGAUGAUGACACAUACAAAAGGGUGACACUGAGUGGGAUGUCAGUUGAUCGACCUGACCGCAAUGUUGGAAGAACCAAAAUGAUACGACAUCAAAGAGACAAAGGAAAUGAGGUCAAUGAGAAAAACUACGUUAUUUAUAAUCGGAUGAAGUAUACAAGGAACCAGGAUGGAUAUAUAUCUCUGAAGUAUUCACUCAUCAAGAUAGAAAAAAAUCAACUUUUCACCAAAAUAACGGUUGAUAUUGGAAAGCCUCCAUGGUAAAGAAUUGGAAAUGUGC